GAAAAAUCAAUCUUAAAACUCAAUCAAAAUGCGUGAAUGUAUCUCAGUACAUGUUGGACAAGCCGGUGUUCAAAUCGGUAACGCCUGUUGGGAAUUGUAUUGCCUCGAGCACGGAAUCCAACCUGAUGGUCAAAUGCCAUCUGACAAGACCAUCGGAGGCGGCGAUGACUCCUUCAACACCUUCUUCUCUGAAACGGGAGCCGGCAAGCACGUACCUCGUGCCGUUUUCGUCGAUUUGGAGCCAACUGUCGUCGAUGAAGUCCGUACCGGAACAUACCGUCAACUUUUCCAUCCCGAACAACUCAUCACGGGCAAGGAAGAUGCCGCCAACAACUACGCUCGUGGUCACUACACCAUCGGAAAGGAAAUUGUCGACUUGGUUUUGGAUCGCAUCCGUAAGUUGGCUGAUCAAUGCACGGGUCUCCAAGGUUUCUUGAUCUUCCAUUCGUUCGGCGGCGGUACCGGAUCUGGAUUUACCUCGUUGUUGAUGGAACGUUUGUCUGUCGAUUAUGGCAAGAAAUCGAAAUUGGAAUUCGCCAUCUACCCCGCUCCCCAAGUCUCGACUGCUGUCGUUGAGCCCUACAACUCGAUCUUGACCACGCAUACAACUUUGGAGCAUUCUGACUGCGCUUUCAUGGUCGACAACGAAGCCAUUUACGAUAUUUGCCGUCGUAACUUGGAUAUCGAACGCCCAACGUACACCAACUUGAAUCGUUUGAUCGGUCAAAUUGUCUCCUCGAUCACUGCUUCGUUGCGUUUCGAUGGUGCCCUCAAUGUCGAUCUUACCGAAUUCCAAACUAACUUGGUGCCCUACCCCCGUAUCCAUUUCCCCUUGGUUACCUAUGCUCCCGUCAUCUCCGCCGAGAAGGCCUAUCACGAGCAAUUGAGCGUUGCCGAAAUCACGAACGCCUGUUUCGAACCAGCCAACCAAAUGGUGAAAUGCGACCCGCGUCACGGCAAAUACAUGGCUUGUUGCAUGUUGUAUCGUGGCGAUGUUGUCCCCAAGGAUGUCAAUGCCGCUAUUGCUACCAUCAAGACCAAACGUACGAUCCAAUUCGUCGAUUGGUGUCCUACUGGCUUCAAAGUCGGUAUCAACUACCAACCCCCAACUGUCGUCCCAGGCGGCGAUUUGGCUAAAGUUCAACGUGCUGUCUGCAUGUUGUCCAAUACCACUGCCAUCGCUGAGGCAUGGGCCCGUUUGGAUCACAAAUUCGAUUUGAUGUACGCCAAACGUGCUUUCGUUCACUGGUAUGUCGGCGAAGGUAUGGAAGAAGGUGAAUUCUCCGAAGCUCGUGAGGAUUUGGCUGCCUUGGAGAAGGAUUACGAAGAAGUUGGCAUGGAUUCCGGCGAGGGAGAAGGCGAAGGUGCCGAAGAAUAUUAAAUUCUCAGUCGAAAACAUGACGAAAGAUGAGCAAAAAAGCUUAAAACAAAAAGGCUUAUUCCCGCUUCUUACUGAAAAAAAAAAACAUGAAACGCAGAAAAUCUCGAAAAAAUGAUUGAAAAGAGGAAUUAAUUCCCAUUAUCUCAUGCAACAUGUACCUUUUUGUUUUACAAAUAUACUAUUUUUUGCAAUUCCAAACUAA